CGCAGUGUUGUAGGCCGGGCUGAUUAAAUGGUGGCGCUGUGAGGGACAUUGGAUGACUUUGUGCCGUAUAUAGCAGAGUAGCUUCCUAGCUAGUCCAUUCAUUUAUCGGCGUCCACUUCUGGAGACAUGGAGGCCCUUAUUCCAGUCAUAAACAAGCUCCAAGAUGUUUUCAAUACGGUCGGAGCCGACAUAAUUCAGCUGCCACAAAUAGCUGUGGUUGGGACGCAGAGCAGUGGGAAAAGCUCGGUGUUGGAAAGCCUGGUUGGCAGAGACGUGCUACCGCGUGGCACUGGCGUCGUCACUCGCAGGCCCUUAAUCCUACAGCUGGUCCAUGUUGACCCAGAGGAUCGGCGGAAGACUGGCGAGGAAAAUGGUAUUGAUGGCGACGAGUGGGGCAAAUUCUUACACACCAAAAAUAAGAUUUACACAGAAUUCGAUGAAAUCAGGCAAGAAAUCGAAAAUGAAACGGAAAGAAUUUCUGGCACUAAUAAGGGUAUCAGUGAUGAACCUAUCCACUUGAAGGUCUUCUCCCCUCAUGUUGUGAACCUGACGCUUGUAGAUUUGCCUGGCAUCACAAAGGUGCCUGUAGGAGACCAGCCCAAAGACAUUGAGCUCCAGAUCCGGGAGCUGAUCCUCAAGUACAUCAGCAACCCCAACAGCAUCAUUCUGGCCGUGACGGCAGCCAACACAGACAUGGCCACCUCCGAGGCCCUCAAAGUGGCCAGGGAGGUGGACCCUGAUGGCCGGAGGACGUUAGCCGUAGUGACCAAGCUGGACCUGAUGGACGCUGGCACAGAUGCCAUGGACGUGCUGAUGGGGCGUGUGAUCCCGGUCAAGCUGGGGCUAAUCGGAGUAGUCAACAGGAGCCAACUUGAUAUCAACAAUAAGAAAUCAGUCGCUGAUGCUAUCCGUGAUGAGCAUGCCUUCCUGCAGAAGAAAUACCCUUCCCUCGCUAACAGAAACGGCACCAAAUAUCUGGCCAGGACAUUAAAUAGGUUAUUGAUGCAUCACAUUCGCGACUGCCUGCCGGAGCUGAAGACCCGGAUCAACGUGCUGGCGGCACAGUACCAGUCCCUUCUGAGCAGCUACGGGGAGCCCGUGGAGGACAAGAGUGCCACACUGCUCCAGCUCAUCACCAAGUUCGCCACCGAGUACUGCAACACCAUCGAGGGCACGGCCAAAUACAUAGAGACCGCUGAACUUUGCGGGGGUGCAAGAAUCUGCUACAUUUUCCACGAGACCUUUGGGAGGACGCUGGAGUCUGUGGACCCCCUUGGUGGGCUCACCACCAUCGAUGUGCUGACAGCAAUCCGGAAUGCCACGGGCCCACGUCCUGCGCUCUUUGUGCCAGAGGUGUCGUUUGAGCUGCUGGUGAAAAGGCAGGUGAAGCGUCUUGAGGAGCCCAGCCUGCGCUGCGUAGAGCUCGUCCACGAGGAGAUGCAGAGGAUCAUCCAGCACUGCAGCAACUACAGCACACAGGAAUUAUUAAGGUUCCCAAAACUUCACGAUGCCAUUGUGGAAGUGGUGACUUCUCUUCUCAGGAAAAGGUUACCGGUCACCAAUGACAUGGUUCACAACUUGGUGGCCAUUGAGUUGGCGUACAUCAACACUAAGCACCCAGAUUUUGCUGAUGCUUGUGGCCUGAUGAACAAUAACAUUGAGGAACAAAGACGUAACCGCAUGCGAGAGCUGCCUUCAGCUGUUCCGCGGGACAAGUCCCUUAAGGGUCCAGGUGGCCAGUCCCCCACUGAGCAGUUGGCUUCUGCUGAGGGCGAGGGUCUGAUGAAGGCGGGCAUGGGAGCCCAGGGAGAGGAUGGAGGCACGGGGAACUGGAGGGGAAUGCUAAAGAAGGAGGACGGCCUUCAGGACGACAGAGCCAAACUACAGGCCUCACAGCCUGCCAGCCCCCAGAAAGGCCACGCAGUCAACCUCUUAGACGUGCCUGUUCCGGUUGCUAGGAAGCUGUCGGCACGGGAACAGAGAGACUGUGAGGUCAUCGAGAGGCUCAUCAAGUCCUACUUCCUCAUCGUCCGUAAAAACAUACAGGACAGUGUGCCAAAAGCCGUGAUGCACUUCCUGGUCAACCACGUCAAGGACAGCCUGCAGAGCGAGCUGGUUGGCCAGCUCUACAAGUCCGGCCUCCUGGACGACCUGCUGACGGAGUCAGAGGACAUGGCCCAGCGCCGCAACGAAGCUGCUGACAUGCUCAAGGCCUUGCAGAAAGCCAGCCAGGUGAUUGCGGAGAUUAGAGAGACCCACCUGUGGUGAGGAGCUCCAUCCUCCUCCCCAGCCCUCACCGGAUCCUCUUGCUGCGUGCCCCCAGACCCCACCCCACCCCACCCC